CUGUUGCUCUGGGCUGUGCCCCUCAGCUGGCGCGGCGCGGCGCAGCCGCCGUGGCCCCUCCAGGCGCGCCGUUAGCCGGACACCGCCCAGACUAGCGCUGAGGCCGUGAGGGUCCUGCUGCCCCGUCUCGGGGCGGCCUUUCCGCUCUCCUUUUGCCCGUUCUGGCUGCAGUGCACCCCGCUGACUGGCGUGUGUGCGUAUAAACCCUAUCCUGGGAGGAAGGUAUGGGGCAUGGAAAUGAACAUGGCCACGGCCAUGGCAAAAUGGAACUCCCUGACUACAGGAUAUGGAAGGUAGAGGGUACUCCACUAGAGAAGGUCCAGGAAAGGCUGGCCAAACGGGGUCUGAGGGAUCCAUGGGCUCGUAAUGAAGCCUGGAGAUAUAUGGGUGGCUUUGCAAAACCUGUCACCUUAACAGAAGUCUUUACUAGGGGACUCAAGUGGGGAUUUGCAGCUUUCGUCGUAGCUCUUGGCAUCGAAUAUACACUGUUUCCUCCAAAGAAGAAUGGAGGCCAUCACUGAAGAUCCAAUAUGGCAACUAAUUACUAAGCUGAAACAGACAUAAACCUUCUGCUCACUCUGUACUUAUAAUAUGCAUAUUAAAGUCUCUACCAGGAAAAACAA